AUGUCUGAGACAGCAGAGGCCGUGGCAGCUAGUGUCAGCAGCCGCAGGAAUGUUACCAUAGAGAUCACCAACCUGACCAACAACUACUGUCUUAUUAACCCAAAGGUGUACUUGGACAGUGGUGAGACUUACAACCCACCUCAGCCCACAGUGCGGCCACUGAAGACAGAGGUCUGCACCUUCAGCAAGACCAGCGCCAAGGCCAAGGGGAGCGUGGGGGUCAUGACCUACGACCUCUUCGAACGCUCCAGGAACGACUACGCCGAGACGCUGGCGAUCAUGUUCUCCGUCCCAUGGGACUACAACCUGUACAAGAACUGGUUCGCGGUCGGCAUCUACGCCAAGGGCAAGGAGUGCAACGAGGCUCUGUAUAAGGAGAUGUACUAUGACAAAGAGCAGACAGGCUUUGUCAGGGAAGAGGCCAACGGCUCAGGCAUUACCUAUGAGGGUAACCAGCUGGACAUCAAAGCCACCAUGUGUCCCAUGGGCAGAGCCAUCAUGAAGGUGGAGAUCUGGGACAAACUGUUCAGCCCAGCCAUAAAUCAGCAGUUUUACUGA